AUGUGCAUCAGUUUGAGCGCGAUGCAAUCAAAGUUCUCCUCCAACAGAACCCCAGUGAGUCUGCGCAGAGCCAGGCAUGUGCGCUUGUUGAAAAGAUGCAGGACUUACUUAUCUGGAGUAAAGUUGACCAGUGAAUUUGACUCCUACCCUUUGCAGUCAGCCGAUGCAGCCCCCUCUAGUUCAUCCACAGGCAAACACCAGGGGAUGGUAUGGCGACCCUCAGAUCUACUGAAAGAACAUGGUUUCGAAGUCGGCUGCCAUGUGUCACGGAAGGAUGGAAUUCUAGCAAAAGUCCAAGCUUUUGAGGAUGGCACCUCCGUGGUUGUCCUAGCUAUGGAUGAUGCCAAAGGUGGAAGCAAGGUUGUGAAGGUGGACGCCGCUAGCUUUUUGAAAGGCCAGUCGACGAAGUACCAGCCCAAGGCCCUGCCACAGUACAUGGCGAGCUGGUGGGGGCCAAGUUGCUUGGAGCACAAAGACUCCAUAGCCUCGUACGUGAAGGGGAAGAUUGCACAGGAGCUGAGACAAGCUACCAUAUGUAGCUGCAAGCCAUCAGCGCUUCUUAUACGCUGCAAGCCAGGGAAAGGAGUCAUUGCCGCACUGAAGUUCGGCAAGGGACAGCUGAAGCUAUUUCCCUUCACUAACCGGGUUGAUGCCGGUAAGGGAGGUGAUGGGGCAGUUCUGGUGACCACAGUGGGUGGCAUGGAGUUCUACCUGCGCCAGAGCACUGGCAUCACUGUGCCAUUCUGGCACGUGGCUUCGGUUGCCGAUGCAGCCAUGGCCAACAUGGAGAUUCUGUUGAUCUACAAGCCGCCCAGCAAGACGCGCGUCAGCACUGAAUCCUUGGACAAGCUGAUCCCAGCGAAGAGACUUCGUGGCAAGGGCUUUAGCUCGCUAUUGGCAGGGCCUUUGCCCGCCUGCAUCAUGGAGCUGCUGCAAGUCCAGCAGAUCACUGUGGAGAACUUGGUGGGAUGCCGCUUGAAUGGCAAAGACCUCUGGAUGCCGAAGGUGGAAGAUGUUGCUGGAGUGCGCCUUAUGUACCUCAGUAAGUGGGAUCGAGGCCUCACUCGCUUCUUGACUGGGAGGAGUUUAGACCUGAAGAGCAAUGGCAAGAAUCUGAACUCCACAUCUGCUGGAGCCUACCUGCAUGACUUGUUCCGCAAGAAGAGGGAAGCAUCUCAGCCAGCUGUCUUGAAAGCUCAUGAGCCUGCCUAUGAGUCUGAUGCUGGCCAUGAAGUCAAGGCCAAGGGCAAAAAGCGCAAGGUCACUCAUGACACGAGUUGUUUCUCGCCGCUCGUGCAGAUAUCCCUGCCGGCCGUCCAAGAUCCAUGGAUGCCAGAGCGACUGGUCCAGGUGGAGUUUGGUGGCCAGUCGGAUCUCUGGAUGGAAGUGAAUGAGACAAGCUUGCGUCAAGUGGUCCAAGGGAUUGCUGAAUGCAAUUCCAGGUGCGGCCGUGCUCGAACCUCGAAAUCUGAGAAGAUCAAGCCUGAGCCGGUUUUGCCACUUUCCCCUGCGGUUAAGAAGGAAGUCCAGGAGAUUUCUGAUAGUGCUGAUGCCAAGUCUGAAUGCGGCCCUGGUGAUGUCAAGGAUGAGUCAUGUGAACAGAAUUGA